GUCUUCGCAGAUGGACAAGUCUGGCAAAGUGAUUGCAAAGUGGGAUAGUAGAGCAACAAAAAUUUACACAGAAAUUUGUGUAGAAGAGGUCAAUGCACGGAACAGGCCACAACAUUUUCUAAAUGCCGAAGGGUAUGCUAACCUCAUAAGGAAGUUUAAGGAACGCACUGGUCGCACUUACACCAGGGAUCAAAUGAAGAAUAGGUGGGACUCCUUAAAGAGAAUGUUCACCCAGUGGAAAACUCUUAAUGAAAGGGCUACAGGUCUUGGUCGAGACCCUCAUACUGGUUCAAUCAGUGCUCCAGAUGAGUGGUGGACUAAGCAAAAUGAAGCAAUGCCAGGGUGUAUUAUGUUCAAAACAGCCCCCCUAGAGAAUGAGGACGAGCUAAAGGUUAUGUUUGGACCCAUUGUCUGCACAAAUGAAAGAACCCUUGUUCCUGGCGUCGAGGAUGCAAAUUCAUCAUCUGAUGAUCAUGUCGAAGCCACUUUAGGUGGGGGUGAAAACAGCACACCUGACCCAUGCUCAAAUGCGACUGGGAAGCGUAAGGUGCGUCAUGAUUCUCCUAAACCAAAGAAGAAAAAAGAUAUGAGGGAAGAGUACAUGAAACGCCUAGUGGAGGCUUUUGAGUCGCGUUCAAUGACCACUAAAAAGUCCAUCACCUCUGCUAAUGCCGACCCUGUUCGUGUUGAGGUUAUUGCGCAGUUGCAACAAGUGAUCGAUGAUGGUUCACCAGAAGGCAGCGACCUACAUUUUUUUCCACUCAUCUGUUGAUUGAGAAAAAGUAUAGAGAUGUAUUU